AGCAAUAACGCGCACGUGAUAGCUUUUUUUAUGUAACGAACCGGCUCGAAGAGUCUAGUUUGCUUUCCUUUGUUGUGAUUUAGUUUUACUGGGAUCUUUCUUGUCAUUCUUAUUGCCACUCAUUUUCAUAUUAUUUCGCUUCACUAAAUUUUCCCACUGGGACUUCUAUACCGCUUCGCUUUUAUAAAUAUGUUUUGACGUCGUCCACUUUCAGCUUGUACCAAUGUCCUUCUUGAAAGCUGGGACAGCAGAACUGCCCGCAGAACGAACGUGGGACCUCUAUGAAGGAGGCGAAUGGGACGUUGUUACUCAUGUGGAUCCGCAGCAAGUUCUUCUAUCAGGCGACGAGCCUAUAGUCGCCACCGCGGCACAGGGUCGCUUGAAAGAGGCACUGGACAGCUUCGCAAUGGCCCUACGCUACGGGUCAGUGGGACCGGAACAGUUGAAUACCCUGUUGGACUGUCUUCUUCAAAACUACUUGAAGACGGGCUUGAUGGCUUCUUACACGCCGGGUGGUGGUGAACUACUAGACUGUCCGGCAUGCCACCGGUUUUUAGCAGAUCCGGUGACAUGGGGCUGCGGACACAGUCACUGUAAGAGGUGCGCGCAGCAGAGCCUCCUAACCAAAUGCUCGGUUUGCAAUGAGAAGGUGCAGUCUGGCUGUGAAAAGCCAAAUGUCGUGUUAGUCAGUGUGCUAGAAAAGUGGUUCCCCAGAGAGAUCCGGACAGCUCGGGCCAUCGGGGAGAUCGAAGAUCAAGUGAAGAGGAGGAGGUUUAGAGAGGCCCUCGCGCUGGUCAAUCAGCACUUGCUGACAGAUCCUGAAGAUACAUUGUUGAGAAUAUACAGAGCAGAGAUAUACUUAAGGCUUCAGCAGUGUAAUGCAGCAUUUGAAGAAAUAGAAGCUGCUAAUCUAAAUUUCAAAUGGAAAGAGGGCUGCUUUCGAAAAGGAAAGAUACUUAAAGACAUUGGCCAUAUUGAGCAAUCUCUUCAACUUUUUCUUCACUGUCUUGCCUUAGAUGAAGAUUUCAUACCAGCAAAGAGAGAAAUUGAACAGGGUCUUUGUGGUUUAUUGUGCCCUGGACCAGAAAAUGUAAAGGAGCAACUGCGAGAAACUAUGUUAUGUUCUUCGUCUUGUUUUCGUAGUAAAGUUCUGUAUGACUUUGCUUCUGAGGGAAGAUUCAUCCAUAAAUAUUGUGAUGCAGACCAGUUGCCAGAAGAGCAAGUCUUAAAAAGAACAUCAUCUGCACCACAUCUGUCUGGAUCAGAGAAGGGAACACUGCUCAAAAGGAAACUGUCCACUUCUGCAAAAGAAGCAGAUUACAGAAAAGUUUAUGAUGAUGGGCAGAAUAAACAGAAGAAGAAAGGAACUAUCUUUGCUGCUACUGCUUCUUCUCCGAACCACAAGGAGGUUCCUCAUGAACUCGUAGAUGUUACAGAUUUUGAGUGCUCUCUCUGCAUGAGGCUUUUUUAUGAACCAGUAACAACUCCUUGUGGCCACACAUUCUGUAAAAGCUGUUUACAACGAUGUCUUGAUCACUCACCCCAGUGUCCUCUCUGUAAGGAAAGUCUAAAAGAGUACCUAGCAUGUAGAAAAUAUAAUAUGUCACACCUUAUUGAGAAGCUAUUACACAAAUAUUUCCUUAUGGCACAUUUGGAAAGAAAACGGAUUCAUACUGAGGAAACAAUGGAGCUGUCUGAUUUGACCAAGAAUGUCCCAGUCUUUGUAUGCACCAUGGCAUAUCCUACUGUGCCUUGUCCACUUCAUGUAUUUGAGCCAAGAUAUCGGUUGAUGAUAAGAAGAUGUAUGGAAACUGGAACCAGACAGUUUGGAAUGUGUAUCAGUGAUCCCCAGAAAGGUUUUGCAGAUUAUGGUUGCAUACUCCAAAUAAGAAGUGUUCAUUUUCUCCCUGAUGGACGGUCUGUCGUAGAUACAAUUGGAGGAAAACGCUUUAAAGUCUUACAAAGAGGAAUGAGAGAUGGAUAUUGUGUAGCCAGUAUUGAGUAUCUGGAAGAUAUCCGGGUACAGAAUGAAGAAGAGUUAUGUAAGCUGCAAGAACUCCAUGAUCAAGUGUACAUGCAGGCAUGUACUUGGUUCCAAAAACUGGAAAAUAGAUUUAGAUGUCAAAUUCUUCAGCAUUUUGGACCAAUGCCAGAAAGAGAAGAUGAUAUUCAGGCUACUCCCAAUGGACCUGCCUGUUGCUGGUGGCUUCUGGCUGUUCUCCCUGUGGAUCCACGGUACCAAUUGUCAGUGCUCUCCAUGAUGUCCCUUAAAGAGCGGCUGAUUAAAAUUCAGCACAUUCUAACAUAUCUGCAGAGCAUUCCAAGUGAACAGUCUUUUUGAUCUUCCAAAAGAGUCAUGUGGGGCUUUUGACAACAGAUCAAGUCACUUGCUGCCUUUAUAUGUGCCUGUGUUUGUGUAUGUGUGUGUGUGUAUGUGUGUGUGUGAGCGCGUAUAUAUCUUUCGGCCAAAACAAAGAUCUGUUAUGAAAGAAGGAGAGAAGGCUGGAGAAGUGUGUUCAGAAUGGCUAGUUGUACGUUUUACUGUAACAUGUUUUUGUAUGGGAAUCAAAAUUUGCACUAUUCUUUUGAAACUUGGAAUAAAUAAGCAAAUCUGUAGAGCAUGAGAAAUGGUGACUUGGAUCUGAGAUGCCUUGUGCAGCAGGUUUACAUUUCUAAGUGACUUCUCUGACACUUUAUUUGCUGUCACAGUCCAAAUAUGCACAAAUCUAAACUCUGCAGUAGCAGUUUUGAAGGCAACCAAUCGUGUCUUAUAUAAGCUUCUGUGUCUUAAAAUCUUCAAUUACUCUUCCAUAAGAUGGCCGUCAUGAACCAGUCAUGUCUUCUGUGCUUUACUGCCAAAUACCUUACAAGCUGUUGAGUUCUGCUUUCAAACAUAAUAGAGGCUGUGACAACAAAUGUCAGCUUUGUACAUAUUUACAUGUACAAAUUUAAGUGGGAAUGUGCAUUGCUGUCAGAAUUACAGUACACUAUUAUUUAGAGGUUGUGGUUCAGCCUUGACAUAUUUAUAUUGAAUGAAUAAUUAUGUGAACACAAAGUUAGGGGUAUUGUGAAGUGUGAUGACCCCAUUUAAGGUACACUGACUUUAUUAUUAUGAAGAAACCUUUGCCUUAUGCAGUUUGCAUUCUGCUGGACAGCACGCCCUGUGGCUUGGUUUGCAUUUCCCUUGAUGUGGCCGGCAGAGUCCUGCUGUAUUUGUAUUUGUUUAUGUACAGUAUGUUUGUGUAGUUGUGGAAUGAAUUUACUGUGUGUUUAAGCACUUCUAUGUUUCUUCCAAUUUGCUUUGGCUUGAAUAUUUAAUUUUUGAAUAAAACCAUUUGUACCUUU